AUGAGUGAAUCCGCAGAGCAGCUCCGCAAGAUGCAGAUUCUUCAAAUGGUGAUAUCCAGCCCCACCCACUUCUUCGUGGACCUUUCUAACCAGCGGCAUCAACAGGCGGACCUAGGAACCGCUCGGCGUGAAAUGAUUUCGACCGCCGAUAUCAAGACUCAGGCUCGCUCACAGCUUGUUGACAUUGAAUCCAAGCGACUUAUGGAUCAGAGAGAUGAAGCUCAAUUGAGCAAAUGGGCAAACUUGCACACUGAGAUUGGAGACACUCACGGCAUGGAAGACCUCGACGACAUAAAUUCUGGCCAGUCCCACCGCGCUACUUUGCAUGCCAUGUUGCAUGCCAAUGGAAGUCAGCCACGAACCUAUGCCAAUCACCCUUACCCACCUCCAUCUGCAGGUCGCGGAGGUGGUGUCAUGGGAAAGAGAGGACGAGGUGGUUUUGUCCCCCCUCCCCCUAUGGGACCUGCUGAUCUUCCUCAGGCUUUUGCAAGCAUUCACUUGGACCCUGCGUUAAACUACAACAACAACGAAAUCGAUCCUCACGAACGAAGGGGACGUGGACGUGGCAAGGGCAGGGGCAGGGGCAGGGGCAACGCCCAGGAGCAGGCCCAUGUUCCGUCCACCCCUAGCAGACUCAAGCGGCCGCCUCCAGGUGUAAACUUCGCAGCAAGAAUCUCCGAGCCAGGAGAAUUUAUGUCCUUAUUUCAGUCUCGCCGAGCGACUGAAACAUACGAGAAAUCUAGCAACACAAUUGUCUCUGCUCCAAUGCAGAAGGCUGCAUCUGCACAGAAGUCUAUUCCGUCAAUCGAGCAAAAUAUCAAAAUCCCUCUGAGUGGUACACCCAAGAGCAAGACGACGCCAUCUCGUGCUGUUGCCACCGCAGCCAAGAUUUCCCAGCCCCAAAUGGGACCCUAUGUAGUGGAAACACCCCUUUCAACUCGUGUUGUUCCUCUUGAUCAGACUGCAUCUUUCAAACCCCGCAAGGUCCAGCCUGAUACACCCAAAUCUCCUCAGCCACAUAACAACCCCCCUCCAGUAGAAGCAACCCCACCAUCAUCUCAUUCUGUCUCCAUACAACGAAGUGCCAAGUCUAAAAGACUGAAAGACAUAGCGACAGGCUCCAGGGCUCCUUAUCCACCAGUGGUCGCAAUCGCCGUGAAUGACAUUCAAUGGAAGGUUUCGCCCGGCGAAGAGCCACGAAAGAAGGGCACGGCUCCUUUGAGCAAAUCAGUAGUCUCAUCUGAAAGCUACAUGCCCCUCGCCGAGUCUAAGAAGUCACCCGUCAGCAAGGUCGGCGGAAUCAAAGACAACAAGCAGAAUGUUCCUCCUGAUAGCCAGAAGGGGAAAACCAUGCAGCAAGCCCAGCAGUCUCAAGAUCUUCUCGGCGAUGAUGAUUCUCCCGUUAAUGCAGCAGCGAAAGCCCCUCACACUUUGAAAGCAGUGGCCAUCCAGAGUCCAGGGACUGCCGAAUUGGCAGGUCUUAAGUUUGCCGAGAAAGCCAGGGGCUCAGUGCGUGUCAAGAGUAUUGACGAAGUCAUUGCUCCCAAAACAACGAGCAAUGAGGCCCCAGAGGCGCAAGCUCGCCGCGAUAAUCAGAGUCAAGAACUUGACGGUUUUGGAACCUAUGGUCCGCAGAUUAUUGAAGAGCUUCGCGACAUCCGCAGAGACAUUCGUUCGCCCCAAGACCUAGCCACUACCCGUGAUAUCGAACGAAUACUUGAAUCUAAAUUGCUCCAGCUAGUCCCUACGGCAUAUGCACCGCCGCCUGCAGCACCUAUAGCCUCAGAUAUAGAGAACCGGCUGGGUAAUCUGGUGGCACUUGUGGAAUACCUUUCAGCAUCGCAACAUGGGACUAACACUGCUGAAGUUCCCUCGGCUGCCCGGCGCGACCUUACCCCCUUUGAGGGGCACAGAUCGCCGCCCCCACCUUCUUCCAGUUCAAACUCACCCCCGUCUGCUGAUAAACGCGCGCACAAGGUACGUGUGCCCGGCCUCUCGCCAACCAGGAGUGAGAGUUCCGACAUUAUUUCGCACUUCGAAUCACUUCAGGUCUCAGACAAAUUGGUUGCACCCCUCCAGCCGCAACGUGUGAUCCCUGUUCCAAAACUUCGUCCGCUGGAUAUCCCAAAGAAGAGCACUACCUCUGAUGCGUCUGUUCAGGUUACUCCCGCCAUGGUGUCACGUUCAAAGGAGGAAAUGAAAAGGCCACGGACUCUUAACGAUUCGAUCUUUGCAGGACCUGUAGGCCCUGUCACUUCCAAUUCUAACGUUUUUGGGCCUAAUGCGGUGCUAUCACAGACCACGACUCGGGGGUUGAGCGCGAAUCAUCCUAACAUCCCCAAGCAACAGGAUGCUCAGUCAGCCGGUGUUCGUACAAUCGGCCCUGCACCAUACAAACCCCGUGUUAUUGGACCUGCCCCUUCUCCAUAUGAGCAAACUACAUUGCGCGAUGUUUCAGCAGCCCACGUUCGUACUGUUUCCGUCCAGCGCGUCAACACUGAGAAUCGGCCCUCAUUGAAUGUUACAAACCGUGCUUCGAGCUCCAUGAGUCAAUCCAGUGAUCCAGCGUCCCACCAAGCUCCGGGUCGACUGUUCUCGAUGCCUGACCCUGCAAAAAUUCUCCAGCCCAAAGCGAGGACUACUGGUUCAUUCCCUUCCAACCCAUCUCGCCGCUAG